ACGGGCCGGUGGAGGUUUGUUAAGUAGACGUGGCAGUUAGUUGGCGGGCAUUGGCUACGUUCGAGCGCAGUUAUGAAGUGUAUAAUAGCCAGUACACCGUGUGCUUUGAGCAGUAACCAAUUUAUUUAAUAUAUCAGUAGACCGUCUUUCCGAAGCAUGCCUACAGAAACACGUAGGUUAUUUCACGACCGCGCCUUGCGAUUACCAGUUUAACCUUGGCAAGAUUGUUUGCUUGUAUACAGGUUGCCAGUACUUUACCUAAACGAUGAAAUAAUUACAGACACCGUACGUGAAGUACUGAAGUAACUUAUUUACAACAGCUUUCUUUAUGAAUGUGUAGUGGUGUGUGUUGUGUAAGAAAAUUUGUGAACAGUGUGUAAGAAAAUGGUGAUUAUUAUGAAAGGUUUCUGUCGUGGACAUACUUGGAGACAUAUUUUGUGGACAACAGCACUCUUCAUGUUUUUGCUGGCGAAGGCGGAUGACGUUCUACAGCAAGAUGGUUAUCACCAUCCAAGACGAUCUCACGGUGGUGCCAGGCUGCGACACCUAAGACAUCUCGUGGACAGAUCAGGAAGUCAUAGCGCCUACGGGAACCUCGAGGUGGAUGCUUUGGAGUCGCAGCCCAAAACUACGCAACUCACAAACACAGAAAAACGAUUGAUAGUACAAGACAACCACAAGCCCGUGUUCACUAACUGCUCCCAGUAUGCCCCAACAGUGAAGGAAGAGGAACCAUCAGAUACAUAUGUCUUUACGGUUAAAGCUGUCGACAAGGAUCCCCCAGAAGCUGGAGGUACCAUCACAUACACAUUUGUGUCAGCACCUGGAGAAAGACUGAAAUUUUCCAUUGAUCCUGAGUCGGGAGUAAUCAAGACUAGACAUAUGUUUGACCGUGAUGAGCCAACACGCGAGAAGGAAGUAUAUCUCACAGUACGUGCUACAGAUAAUGGACGCCCUCAGCUAGAUGAUGCAUGUACAAUAAAAGUUAUAAUUGAAGAUAUUAACGAUAACCCACCUGUGUUUGACAAAGUGAGCUACCGGGAAUCUGUACCACAAGAUCAGCGACUUGGCAAAGAGGUGAUGCGUAUCUCAGCAACAGAUAUUGAUGAUGGAAACAACAGUAUUGUGAUCUAUAAGCUGGAACCGAAACAGGAUGUAGAUGAGGGAUAUCUUCUUAUUGAUGCAAACACUGGAGUCAUCUUUCUCAAUCGAACCAUAGAUCAUUCACCAGGCCAUGUGUUUAGGAUGCGAGCAACAGCCACAGAUCAGGGCCCAGAACACAAUAUGGCAAGCAUUGAUCUGGAGAUCCUGGUUGUUGAUUCACAGAAGAAAGCUCCCAGUUUUUCAAGCCCUAGUGGACUGACUGUACAGCUGAAGGAAAACUACAAUGACUUUUCAACACCAAUUGCCACUCUCACAGCUGUGUCCAACAUCCCAGGUGAGAGUGAUCUGCAGUUUGAACUAGUGUCUGGAAGGACACAACAGACAAAUUCCCAGAAGACGUUCAUCUUAGAGACGGUGGGCCCUAAGGCAUUGGUGAAGUUGGGCGGAUUUCUUGACUAUGAGAGUAUAUCAGAAUACAUGCUAACAGUACGUGUGCAGAAUAAAUACAAUCUUGCUGCCACAACUACAGUAAACAUUCAGGUGGAAGAUGUUAAUGAUAAUAUUCCUGCAUUCACGGAGGUUCUGAGAGGCAGCGUCUUGGAGAAUGAACCACCGGGAACCCCAGUGAUGCAAGUUCGAGCAAUUGAUGCUGAUGGUACUGAAGCAAACAAUCAGGUAACAUACACUCUGGCAGACCACACAGAUCUGUUCACUAUUGAUUCUAAGACUGGAAACAUCACAACUUUGAGGACGUUUGACCGUGAAGAGAAAGAUUUUUAUAAUGUGAAAGUGUAUGCAACUGACAAUUCUCCAUCGUCAUUGUACUCAGAUGGUAGUCACAACACUGGUCAGCAGGUAUUUCGUAUUGAAAUAGCUGACAAGAAUGACAACCCACCUCGCUUCACACAAAAGAUAUACAUUGCAGAGGCAAUUCCUGAGGACUCCAACAUCAAUUCUCCUGUCACAGAAGUAAAAGCGCUUGAUAAUGACACAGCAUCAACUGUGAAGUACAGCAUUGUGGAUGGAAAUACAAACGAUGCCUUUGUAAUUGAAGAUCUGACUGGUAAAAUUCGUGUGAAUUCUAAACUGGACUAUGAGAACAUCACCAAUUACACACUCACUGUGAAGGCUGAUGAUGGAAAUGUGCAUGAUGUGGCAAAGGUAGUGAUCAAAAUUGAGAAUGUGAAUGACAAUCCUCCUGUUUUCCUGCCAUACAACAAAAAUAUCACCAUACAGGAAGAAGAAAUUGUUCCAGGCUGCAUUGUUACAUUGCAAGCGUACGACCCUGACAUUCAGGACCGAAUGGCUGAGCAGCAUAUCGAGUAUUUCGUGGUAAAGGAAGAUCAGCAAAUGCUGCUCCAAAUAUCAAAGAAUGGUUGUCUUUCACAAAUUAAGCCUCUGGAUCGAGAUCCACCAAACGGCUUCUCCAAGUGGCAGGUUCUGAUUGCUGCCAAUGAUGAAGAUGGUGGUCCAACAUCUCUCCGAAAUAACACCGAAGUUGUUAUUACACUUACGGAUAUCAAUGACAAUGCGCCAUUUCUGGACAUGAUUCAACCAGUGAAAUGGGAUGAGAACCAGCAACCUGGCAUUGUUGUACAGCUGAACGCCAGAGACUAUGAUAGUGAACAGAAUGGUCCUCCAUUUACGUUCAGAAUUGCUGGUACUGCAACAGAUGAUAUCACCAACAAAUUUUCUAUUACAGAAGGUGAGAAUCUUGAAGCACUUGUGUCAUUUGAUAGAGAAGAUCAGAAGAAGUAUAUGAUUCCAAUCGCAAUUUCGGAUAGUGGUGUGCCCUCAAUGACUGGUACAAGUACUCUGACCGUUGAGAUCGGAGAUGUGAACGACAAUCGGAUGAAGGAAGGCCACAGCUCCAUUUUUGUUUACAAUUACAAAGGAGAAGCCCCUAAUACUGAAAUAGGGCGAGUGUAUGUUGAAGACCCUGAUGACUGGGAUCUUGGUGACAAACAUUUUUCUUGGAAGGAUGGUGUACAACAUCAAAACUUUGAACUGAAUUAUGACACUGGCAUGGUUACGAUGCUGCAUGGAACAACCAACAAUUCCUUCCUAUUGAAAUUUACUGUAACCGAGGAAGCGCCUCAGAUACCACGGCAUUCAGUCGAUGCAACGGUUAAUGUGACAGUAAAGGAGAUUCCUGAAGAGGCAGUGGAUAAGUCUGGGUCUGUGCGAAUGUUUGGAAUAACAGCUGAAGAGUUCAUUCGACCAGGUCCUUAUGGAACACCAAGCAAACAUGAGCUCUUCCGUGCCCGCCUGGCUCGUAUAUUGAACGUCAGUCUUGAGAAUGUUGAUGUCUUUACUGUGUUGCAUUCACCACACAACUCAAACACAUCACUUCUUGACGUGAGGUUCUCUGCUCAUGGUUCCCCAUACAGACGCCCAGAGAAACUGAAUGCAGCCGUUGCUCUCAAUAAGGCUUCAAUUGAGCAGGAGCUUGGCGUGACAUUACUGAUGAUCAACAUAGAUGAAUGUCUGAUAGAGAAGGCAUCAUGUGAAUCGUCUUGCACCAACUUCCUGAGCAAGAGUAACACGCCAUCUGCUGUCUAUACCAACACAACUUCCUUUGUGGGUGUACAGGCUGUUGUGGAUCCAAUGUGCACGUGUACUGUACCGGCACCACUGGUCUGCCUUAAUGGUGGUACUCCAGUUGGCACAACAUGUGAGUGCAUGGAAGGAUUUGAAGGGCCUCGUUGCGAGAUCAUUGGCAUCGGCUUCUACGGCAGUGGUUGGGCACUGUACCCGACGAUCGCUGCUUGUGAUGAGGCUCGUUUAACUCUUGAAUUGGCUCCACACAAAGAGGAUGGACUCGUGUUUUAUGUUGGUCCACUGGUUCCAAACCCCACACUGGAUGUACGAGACUUCAUGUCAUUGGAGAUAGACAGAGGAUAUGCACGUCUUCUGAUGGAUUAUGGAUCUGGCACAGUUAGUGUGGAGCAGCGACAAAUCAAAUUGACUGAUGGGAAAUCACACAAAGUGGAUAUUCUCUGGAGCCGAACUAGUAUAGAACUGAAAGUUGACAACUGUCAGAUGAGUUCCUGCCUUUCCCUCACAACACCCCAGGGACCCAAUGAAUUUCUCAAUGUCAAUGGACCUUUACAACUGGGUGGGACUGUCGUGAAUUUGAAUGAUGUUGCCAACAGUAUGAAUUGGACACGCAGACCCACGACUCAGAACUUUGCUGGAUGUAUACGUAAUCUCACAGUAAAUGACAAGACAUACAACCUGGGGGAACCAAGCGACAGCAAGGAAGUGGAUCCAGACUGCAGUCGAGGAGUAGCACGGGCCGUGUCAUUUGGGAUCAACACAAAUUUCCUGGUGGCCAUAUUAGUCUGCAUUGCCAUUCUGCUGAUCUUGCUAUUGGCUGUGGUCGUGCACCGUCGAAGGACCGAUGACCUAUAUAAAGACACGGAUGACAUUCGAGAGAACAUCAUAAACUACGAGGAUGAAGGUGGCGGCGAAGGAGAUAUGACAGGUUAUGACUUGAACGUGUUGCGCCUCAUGUACGACAGCAAUGGACAGCCGAUACUGGGCAAGGAGCUUGUCAAGGCACCAUUUGUAGGCAGAGGAGCUCCAGAUGAAGUGCCUGACAUCUGCGGCUUCCUCGAUGGCAAGAAGAAAGUGUGUGAUAAUGACCCUGAAACAAAUCCAUUUGAUGAUGUGCGUCAUUAUGCAUAUGAAGGUGAUGGAAAUACGACAGGCUCACUGUCAUCAUUGGCAUCAGGUACUGAUGAAGGUGAUUUGAACUUUGACUACCUUUCAAAUUUUGGGCCACGAUUCCGUAAAUUAGCAGAUAUGUACGGAGAGGAUCCAAGCGAUGAGGAUGAGAAUUUCAACACGCCGGCCUCAGAGUCGUGGUGCUGAGCCGUCACCAGGCUUGCCAGUCAGUGACAGUGAUUGACACGCAGCUGACCAGGGAUUCAUUCACAAAAAAACAGAUUGAAGUCCAGAACAAGCAGCCAUGUUUCUGUUGGUGAUAUAUGAGGCUUAAGUAUUUCUGCAUUAGCACACAGGUACAUUGGGUAAGAAAACAAGAUGGCUAUGCACGUGUUCAUUUCAGAAGAGAACCUUCAAAGUUUCCUUAUGUAAAAUUUUUAUAUUUCCUUACUAAGAAGCUUCUGGAUAAGUGGUGGGACACACAUCUACAGCUGAGAAUGUUGUUCAUUUAUUUCUAUUGUAUGUGUCCUGAAACUGAUUCAGGCUCAUGUGAAGUGCCAAAUAGUUUUCACGCGCAGCGAUCCAGCACUGCCAACUCAGCCAACCACUUUGAGACAAGUGAACGUUCAAACUGUGUAUUAUGCCGCCAGUAUUUUUUCUGAAGUAUACGUGGAAUCCAUCCGAUUCUGUAGGUGAUGUGUCGUGUGAACAUGAUAGUGUUUCUUUCUGGUGAAGCCAUUUUUAGUGCUUCUACUUUUAAUGUUAGGAAUGAUUUUUGGCUGUAAUAAAGGCUUGGUUCACAUGUGUUGUAUGUAAUAUUGUAUCGGACAUUCGGAUUAGCACUUUUGUAUCAAUUAAAAGUACUUAAAAUUUGUAUCUAGUGUUAGAAGCAAUGAGACAUGAUGUACAUCAGACCUUUGAAUUAAAUUGAAACUGUGUUCUUUUGCAUACCAAAGAGACAUAAUGGCAGAAGAGCAAAAUGGUGUCAGUGUUGAGGACAUUCCAAGACAGCUGUGUUCGUCCCGUUAAUUGAACCAGUGACUGUGAAGUGUUUGCAAAUAAUUGUGAGAGCCCAUUGAAGCAGAGUUAUCGUUUUAUAUUUGACUGGGAUAUGGUGCAAACGUAACAAAUGAUGCUACUGUGUAUCAGUUUUUUAUUUGCAAGUAUGGCCAUAUGUAUAAUUUCUCUACAUUCCACAGAGAAUAGGGGAGUAUAAAUUUAAAUGAGAUGUAAAUCCCUCCUCGCUUGUUGAUUGGUAUUUGGUAGUUCCUUCAUUCAGGAAGUGACAACAGUUUCUUGUUUAAGGGGCAUUCCAUUUUGUAAAUAAUUCAUCUCAAAGAUAUCAGCACAAUUUCUUUGUAUGUUGAAGUCAGAUAAUUGAGGAGAUUUAUAUCAAGUGAUCAUUUUAGAAGCUAACUCAAUUAAGUAAAUCAGUAAAGUCAAGAAUUUCUUUCAUAAAGAAGAGGAAAAUAAAAUGACUUGUGCCUUUCCAUUAGAUAUGAACUGGGCUAGUCAGGCAAGAUGUAGUUUUUCUGUUCUUGUUCUAGUAAUUGGUUUUCUGAUUAAAAAGACAUUUAUACAUGUUUGUGAACUUGAAGCAGUGAAUGAAUUUCUUUCCUGUGUUUGUGUGAAAGUGGUGCUGUGAAUUUUAAUGAUUUUAACAUUUGUUUUAUACAUGCGAAGGACUUUAAAAUGACUAUGAGCAAGAAUUGCAGGAUGUGGUUCAAAAAUAUGAUGGCCCAGUCAGUGCAGAUGGUCACACUUGAAACAUUCCUUAUGCAUGCUUGUAAUUUUUGUUGGUUAUAGCAUUAACUCUAAGACCAAUUGAGCAGUUACCUUGUGCCUAUUCAGACAGUGGAUAGAGGUUCUCACAGACGUGGCCAUGAUGAAUGCAGUCCUCUGAACAGUAACACCAUGCAAUUUGGAGAAAGCCCAACUCUUUGGAUCACCUCAGUCUUCAGAGUGAUGUCAGCUUCUGAUGAUUUCUUGCUUAACCUACUCUUUAACCAUGAGGAUUAGAGGUGAUGUCCCUUUGUAAUGGCAGACUGUCCAAACUACAUGACAUUGUGCCACAGAAGAUCAUGCCCUAGAUAGUCUGGUUGAAUUAAGCCCUUGAUAGUGAUUCAUUGUCAUGUGUAUUUUAACUUACCAGGUUUUCUGCCAAGAAGUAAUCAUGAACUGAUUUUUACAUACAUGCACACAUAUGUACUUAAAAUGUGGCAGCAGAAUAAUUAAUUAUGUUUGUUUAUAAUCUCAACUGUGCUUUUAUAAGAAAUGGCUGUAUGAUGUCUUAAAAUGCACUAAUUUCUAGUCCUAUAAAGGAAGAAAAAUGCAAGAGAUUAGGAAAAGAAUUUUUAUGGUUGUGCAUUUGUUAGAAUCAAUUUGGUGCACAUGUAAAUGAUGUGCGUAAUAUCAAAAGCCAUUCAUGAAAUGACAGAAAUUUAUUCCUAGACCACAGUUUAGUAAAUGGUUUUGAGUUGUGAGAUUUGGGGCUUGAACAGUGGUAAAGAUUAAGAUUGUGGUCUCCUUGGAUGGUUCAGUAGAUGGAUGUGUCGGUUUGGAGGAACCUGUAGUCUCCAUAUACUUUGAAGAUAAAAGCACUACAUUUCUCUGGAAAUGGCACCUAUCAAACUAUAUAGUGUCACAUUCCUGAAGACCUCAAUAUUUCUGACUUUAAUUGAAGUACAAUGUUGUUGUACUAAUGUACACUAGUAAUGACCGAAUGAAGUGAAACAUGAAUGCAUCAAACAUAACUUUAAUAUAGAUGGCCAUUUUUAUAAUAAAAUGUUACUUCUAACCUAUUUGUUCUGUGAUAUUUAUCACAAAACAUUAUUUUAAAAAAUAAUCAUGAAUUACCAUCUUGGUAAGGUAAAUUAAAAUCAAAGUUUGGAUUAUGUUCAGACCAUUGUGGCUGCCAAUUUGCAAUACCAGCCUAUAAAAUUAAAAUAUUUUUAUGUACCUUUAUCUGUUUUCUGGGCAUGAUUGUAUAGAUAUUUGCUGAGCCUUGUUUAGCAUGUUACAUUACAUUCUUGUGCUUUCAGUUUAAUUAAAAUAAAUAUGGUCUGUGAAGUAAGAACUGGACUGUGUAUUGCAAUGUGAAACAGUUCAUGCAGGGCCGGCAAAAGGGUGAGGCAGCUAAAGCAUCUCCCAGUGGACAAUCAGAAGGGCAGCAUAGGAGUAUUGAAAUCAUGUUCUCUGCAUAAUGUCAAAUAAAAAUCAUAAGUAAGGUAAGGAACUUAAAUUGAAGAUGGAGGCAACGUGUUCUCCAAAACAUUGGUUCAGACAAGAUCUGCAUGGUGCCACAUCCCAGAAGAAGGCAUUCUUCAUAGUCACCACUGUGAAAACCUCAAAUCUUACAUAUGAAUAUGUUGUUUGAAUAGUAAUAUAUUUUUCCUGUUUUGUUAUGUACUGAAGUGGAGAGUUUUAAGGCUCAUACCGAGUCUGAAUAUGUCUGACUGGUGUGUUAACAAUCAACAUGACUGUUAUGUUGGAUAUUGAGUUUUCUCAGUUGUCUUUUAGAAACUGGAUCUGCUUUUGUUAUUACCUGUCAGGUUCAGUGAAUUGGACAGGGUCUUUCUGACAGGUAUAAGUGAAUGGGAACUUUCCCUCCCAUUGGUCCUUUUCAAAACUUACUUUAAAAGACUUAUGGUGUUUGAAAUGUCCAAAGUAAUCUUCAUAUUGUUUCAAGGGUUUCAGUUUUGCCAUAUGAGCAUCCAUUUAUGGAUUACCAUUAAUGAAGAACAUUAUAGGAAGAAUGGUCAUUAUCUAUAAAGGAUUGCACUACUUAUUGCUUCAUAAACAUGUGCAGAAAGAUGUGUAAUAUUCUGUAAGCUUAUGCCUGUUGCACUGCUGAUUAAAGGGAUAUUAGGGUUUUGUGUGUUAAAUUAAAGAAAAUUCCUGAUGGAAUUGCGGUAUUGGAGCAGUCAUAGGGACUUGGGCAUCAGUCUGGGGCUUAAAAUUUGGAAACUUGGCCCUGUUUAUCAAAAUUAUUUUUUUUCAAUAUUGAUGUAUUUUUAAAAACAAUAUGAGCGGUGAAACUAUGAAAUGAAAUUAAAUGUGGAAAACUAUAUCCAUUGACUUAGACCCCAUUUUCUUAUGGCACUAUCCAUUUGGAUACUUCCUGAUAAGAUGUGCUAUAUUAACAUUUUAAUCUUUUACACUGAGCAGCUGCAAUAAAGUUUGCUCAGACAAGGGUAAAGUGACAGGAUGUAAGACUGGAAAUCUGUUCCACUUUGAUGCAUCAAAUGCCCCAAGAAAAUUUUAUGUGGCAUGUCAUCUCAUAAAAACUUGAUAGAAAAUUGUUGGCAUUGGGGAUGCAUUGUAUAUAUAAUCACAAGUUUGCUUGUCUCCUUUUAACAAAGCCUUUCUGCAUCAGUUCUGCUUGACUGGUUCUUGUGUCAAGAUUCAGCAUUCAGAAUUAUUAAAUGUAGGUCAUUAUUUACUAAACAGUCAGUUACAAAGAGUGUAAUGUGGGGUACACAGAAAUGAAUGACUUCAGUGAAACCCCAAUGUAAUAUUUCUAUAUGGAUCUAAGCACAAAACUGAGGACAGUGUGAAAUUGGAAAGUUUAACAGUGAGAUUAUUGAUUUUGGUUCAUUAAAUUUGAGUGGUAAAUGAAGGAAACCCAUAAAUUGAAGACCUCUGCAUGGAGGGUAGACUGUAUGUAGAAAUGGUACACAAAGAGUGAAUGAGAUGUUCAGUCCUAUCAAAUUAGGCAUUGCUGCCAACUGACAGCAAAAGUUACUGAAGUCUUGCAAACAUGGUAAUUCACAUUGGUGCAUUUCAUCACUGCCAAAUAAGCCACCAUGUGUUACAGUAAUAAAAUAAAUUGCAUCCCUAAAUAGAGACACAUUCCCCUCCAAUUUUAUGAUAAAAUAUACAGGUUGCAUCAGAAAGAAUUAAUGGAUUUCACAGGGCAAUAAAAUUGGUAAGGCCUUAUCAAAUCCAAAUUUUCUUGUUACCAUCAGAUUUGCCAAUACAUGUAGUUUAUUUGUGGAAUACAGUAUCAUCCAUAUGACGUCCUUGGCUUCUGAUACAGACGUUGAGGCGUUUUCUGAAGUUAUUCAUCACUCUCAUGGUCAUAUCUGGUGGAAUCGCUGUGAUUUCUUCUUGAAUCACUGUCUUAGCUCAUCCAGUGGUCGAUGUUUAUAAAUUUCCGCCUUCAAAUGGCCCCAAAGGAAGAAAUCACAGGGCACAAGAUCGGGCAAACGUGCGAGCCAAGGAAUGUCACCGCAAUGCGAGAUGAUGUGCCCCGGAAAGAGCCCUCUUAGGAGAUCCAUUGUUAGCGCAGUGUGAGCUGUGGCCCCAUCUUGUUGAAACUAAAUGUCCUCAGCAUCAACAGCAGGCUUGUUCAGCCUUGGUUGCAGAAAAUUUUGUAACAUUUCAACGUAAUUAGCAUUUGUAACGGUCACUGCACGGCCUUCCUAAAAAAGUAAGGCCUCCCAAACACCAGUUCUGCUACAGCACACCAAACAAUUACCCUCUUACUGUGAAAAGGUCUCUUGUGCAGUUCCUUAGGAUGGGUUUAUGCCCAAUACCAGAAAUUCUGUUUAUCUACACAGCCGGAUAGGUGGAAAUGGGCUUUGUCACUGGUCAACAGAAUGACGGUAGGAGGCACGCACGCAAGAAUACGCUGGAAACUUUUAACAUGAUUCUCCCAGUCUUCUGAAUGAAGUUCUUGCACAAUUGCCAUUUUAUAAGGGUGAAAUUUAAGGUCUAAAUGAGAAAUGCGUUUUACUAUGGUGUCGGAUAAUCUCAGAGCAGCGGCAUGUUUGUGAGCGGAUCGUUGAGGUGACUGGACAACUGCCUGCCGUACUGCCUCCACAUUUGCAGGUGUAUGCGUGCUCCAUGACCGUCCAGGUGAUUUCUUCUUUAAGGUUGAAUCUGUGGCAUGUAAUGAAGCCGCCCACUGCAAAAUUGUAUUCCAAGUAUGGAUCCUGUCGUGACGUCUGAGCUUGAAAUGAGUGCAGAAGGCUCGUUGAAUGGUGAUCACAGACUGUCUAUUUUUCAAAAACGUCUCUAUGAUAAACACACCCUGUGCACCCGACCACUCCAUGUUACCAACUGAAACUGCAUUCUCCUGCUGACCCAACAGUCGGCUCUCCCACUCUACACCUCCCCCCGUCGUGGUGUAACAGUCACUUGAAAUCCAACCAUUCUUUCUGAUGCAUCCUGUAUUUAAUAGUGCACUAUAUAAAUUUCCAGGAUACAAGAUUUUAAAGUUUUCAUGGCACUGUGAUUCAUAUUGUGGUCUUCUGGGUCAUGGUACUGUGUAGUUAGUAGUUUGGUAGCAACAUUUAAGAGGUACUUAGAGCCUCAGUCUUUCUUUUACCCUGAAUACAGGAGCAGCAGGUUUCACCAAGAUAUUGGUACCAACAAUAACACUACAUGAUGUCAUGACACAGAAGACCCCAUUCUGUAUAUGUGAGGUGCUCGAAUGCAGUUUGUGACUAGGAGUGGUGGAACAGCAAGAACAUACCUGACGCACAUGAGAGAAUACUAAAUGUACAAAACUGGAUGUGUAUUAACCCUUUAAAGACUGAGUUUCUUCACAAUUUGAUAUAAAAAUUCAGUUCAUACCUCA